AUUGUCAAUUUCUUGUCAAACUUCUUCUCAAACGAUACGACAUCAUUAGAUGAGUUAGAGACGUUCAAUUUCACGAAUUCCGACGUAAUAACUUGGAUAGUUUCACUCAUUUUGAUUAAUAUUUAAUUUUUUCAAGUUCCUUAUAAAUCUUAAGUUGUGUAGGUGUUGUUUACCAAAAUAUGCAUCAGUAUGCGUAAAGUAUUAAAAAACUUUAAUUGACGGAUUUUAUGCUUAGUACUUUGACUAGACUUAUUGCAAUCUAUUUGAUACUAUCAAGAAACACAAAGUUGACAUAAAUGCAUAAAUAAAAACUAAUCCAUCAUAUUAAAAAUGAAUUAAACGAAGCCUUUUGAACAUCGAGCAGAACCAAGUCAUAACGUAUGCCUUGAUUUUAAAUGCUGCAUGACUGAAUAUCAACAAAUAGUACACGAGUAAAAAGUGAAAAAUAAUGAGGAAUUUCGAAAAACCAUAUCCCAGCCUUAAUAUAGCUGACUAUUCACAUAUAUUUAAAGUUAAUGAACGUUUUAAGUGUGACUCUUGUAAAAAGAACAGAAAAUUCUUUUGUUAUUCAUGCUCAAUUCCACAUCCAGAAAUUACUGUGCCCAAUAUAAAGCUUCCAUUUAAAAUAGAUAUAGUUAAACACAGACAAGAAUCUGAUGGAAAAAGUACGAGUUGUCAUGCAAAAAUGCUUGCUGGAAGUCAAGUAAAUAUCUACGAGUAUCCAAAUAUACCGGAUUAUGAGGAGGAGAAAGAAGAUUGUGUGUUAAUAUUUGUGUCCCCAAAAGCAGUUGAUGUCAAAAGUUUAUUUAAAGGAUGUAGGAAGCUUGAAUUAAAGGAGAAUUAUGGAUUAGAAAAGGGAUAUCGUAUAGGCACACUAUUAACUAAAAAUCUUAAGGAGAUUGUGGACGAAGAGAAGCAGCAAGAAGUUUUUUUGAAUAGCAAUAAGUCAGAGGAAGUCUAUACGUUAGAUAAUUUGCCAUUCAAAAAGGUAGUUUUUAUAGACAGCACAUGGAAACAAUGUAGAGGAAUUUAUCAAGAUCAAAGAAUUCAGGCAUUGAGUACAGUGAUUAUACAGAACAGAAUCACUAAAUUUUGGAGAAAACAAAAAGGUGCCCCAAACUGGUUCCUUUCUACAAUCGAGGCAAUUCAUCAAUUUACAUUAGAAUUCCACGUAAAUGCUUGGGGCAUCUCUAAAAGUUACUAUGACAAAUGCUUAAAAGACUUUCAACUUCUUAAUACUGACUGGAUACCUGAAGAUAAAAUCAUAUCACAUGAUACACAACAAAAUGAAUUAACUACACCAUAUAAUGGACAACAUGAUAAUUUAUUAUUCUUCUUUUCAUUCGUCCAUUCUCUCAUACAUUCAUUGGACAAUCCAAAUCAACCACUUCCGAAAAAUAACAAUGAAUAGAAAAUGUCAUAGUACAUUAAUUGAUAUCAUAAAAUGUUGUUAAAAGAAUAAAAGCGAAUAUAUGCUAUUAUGUAUAUAUUUUUUGAAUAAAAUUAAAUCAUAUUACUGACGAUAACAUAAAUAAUUUAUAAAUCUUCUUUCGUUCACAUAAGGCAUUGUUAAAAGCAUAAAAGGAAUUAAAAUUUACUUAAACUUCCAAAAAGGAUCCAGCUCUUGAAGCGAGUCUCUAACUGUUUUCUCAGUUUCAGUCGGUGAGCUCAGCUUUUCAGCAUUCUUAACUUGAUAUGACGUCAUUAUCCCACCUAAAAGUAAAGUUUAUUAAGCUACGAUAGACAUUUAUAAUACACAGUAACUUACGCUUGUUCAGAAUUCUAUGGGAAUUGUUCAGCACAAGUUGUAGAGACAAUUGUAAGUAACUUUCAUCAUCCAGAACGCCUUUUCUUUGAGAACAUACUCGGAACCAAUGAUCGACUACAUCUGAAAUUUUUGAAAAUAUCAUUAACAUAUUUGUUUGUAUUUAAGCUAGUCAGUGACUACUCACUUAAUAAAGUUGGCUUUUUCAUUUGCGUUGCAAAAAUCGCACUUAUUGCAAGAGUCAUCAAACCAGAUCUAUCAGAGCCACCACUAAUGCAAUUAAGAACAAUCGGAGGAUAUUGCUUACUGCCUGGAUUAUUUUGCUUAAAUGAUGUGAUGACAUUGUUUGAAACAUCCAAAAUGUGAUCAGCAGACCUAAAAUGGCAUAAUUAUUAGAUGAUGGACUAGUAAUUGACAUGAACUUACUUCUUCUUCCAAUUCUUAACUUGAAUCAAUGAAAUUUCCAUCGCUUUAUCAGAUCCAUGCUUUGUUACCUUAAGCUGCUUUUCAAAGCAAUGUGACAGCUCAAACUGCUUUAUCAAAGUGACAAUAACUUCCCCAUAUGAUUUUUCGUCAUUUAUAUUUUGUGGCCAAAACGGAUCGAGUAGCUAAAGAAUUCAUAACAAUAUAUUUCAAAAUACCAAUAGAUAGAUAAGAAGUGUAUUACCUCGGAACUAGAAUAAAGGCAAACUAAUACAUUUGACUUUUGAGACCAAAUCAUUUCCCAAUAAUCGUUCAUUGUAUUUUCCAUUGGAAUUUGAGCCAUGAUAAAUGAGACAGGUCCGCAAUUUCUUACCAUAGCUGCGUUAAUGUAAUUAUCUGUAGAUGUAGGCAAUAAAACUCGUCCAUGAUCGUAUGGUAAAAAGUCAGCAUAUCUGUUCUUAUCAGGAAAUAGUUUAGCAAUUGAAAUACUUCUUGAUGACUCAUCCUUAACUAAGAGAUCUUGUAGUUCCUUCCAUUUAUUUGCCAAUGGAGUUAUACCAUUUAAAGUCUUUACAGUCAAUGUCUCCAUAUAUUUCUCUAAGCUCUCAACUUCCUUAUGAAAUUGUUUCAGCACAUUCACAUCGUCAAAUGGAUCCUCAAAUUUCUUCAGUUCUUCGACUUUUGGCUGUAUAAUUUGUGGCGAAAUCAUUGUCAUUGUUAAGGAACUAAAAUCGAGAUCAGCUAAAUCGUCAUUUAAUUUAACUUGACUUUGAUUUAUUGGAUUUGGGAGUUCUGCUACUUUUUUCGGUGAUUCCUUUACUUCCUUUGUCUCGUCUUUUUUCGGUGUUAUUGGUGUCAGUAAUGGAAUGUUGUUGAUUGUAGACGAAGGAAUCGAAAAAUCAAUGUCCGAUAGCAGAUCAAUAUUAUUAGACUUUAUAGCUGGAUUUGGUGCUACUAGAGCCGUUGUUUGAACUGGAGCAGCUUGAUUAUUCUGAGGUGCAGUAUGAAUAUUCUGAGAAGCAGCUUGAAUAUUCUGAGAAGCAUCUUGAAUGUUUUGAGUCGGAAAUUGGGUAUUUUGUUGAGCAGGAACUUGCGUUGUUUGCGCAUUAUUUGCAUAGUUGUAAGCAUUUGGUUGUGCCUGCAUAUUUUGAAGUGAAUUUGAUUGACUCAUGGUAUGAAAUAUGAUCAUUCCCGGCAUAUUUUGAUAAUACAUGUUAGAUUGAGUAACUUGUGGCUGGGCAUUUCCCAUGCUCAUAGUAUUUUGUUGCUCAGAUGAAGGAACUGAUUGAUUUUGUAUAGAAACUGAUGAAUUUAUCGACUGUGGUGUCACUGAAUUUUGAAUAUUAUUAUUUUGAUAAUACAUCGAUGACUGUGUCACUUGAGAUUGAGGAUUAGACUGAGUUCCUUGACUAAUAUUAGCCAUGCUUGUUGGACUCGAGUACGGAUAAUUUUGUGAUGUUUCUAUUUGUCCAUAUUGAUUAUACUGAUAAUUUUGAACAGAUUGCUGAGAAGUUUGAGGUUGAUAGUUGCCAGAUAAAUUACUAUACUGUUGCUGUGGAUUUUGUGUUUGAGUUGAUGACUGUGAUGAUGCUUGAAAUGCUGGAUUUUGAACAGAAUUAUUAAUAUAUCCAGUUGAGGAUGGCGUUGAAGUUGUUGGAUAGUUUUGAAUUGGACUCUGAGCAGUUGGAUAUUGUAAAUGACUUUUAUAAAUAUUCUGAAUGAAAUCUCCAUUAGUUGGCUGUUGUUGAUAAUAUUGAGAACUGGCUGAAUAAGGAGUAGAUACAUUUUGAUUAUUUGAAGAUUGCACGACAGGAUUUAUUGUCUGAUUUUGAGAUACAUUUUGUUGACUUGUAUUUUGAUUAGGCAUUACUGAAUUUUGUGAAACUUGUUGAUUAUUAUAAUAUCCAGUAAAAUUAUUUUGUUGACUUGAUGUUGGAGUGCUAGGAAAGGACGUAGAAAUGGGUUUUUGAUUAACAGGCUGCUGAUAUUGAGCUUGAUAAGAACUGUAAUUCUGAUUGUAUGUAUUCAUGUCGUACAUUUGAUUAUUUUGGUACAUUGGAUUAACAUAUCCCGUCGUUGUUGUUGAUGAAUAAUUGGAUGUUGGUGCUGAUGAAAUUAUUUUAUUGCCUCCUUGAUUCAUUAUCUGUGAACUAUUCUGCAUUUGUGGCUGAUAAUAUUGUUGAUUUGGAUACAUUUGCUGCUGAUAGUAUUGCUGAGAGUUAUAAGAUGCAGCCGUAGGAUAAUUAGCUGUUGAACAUGCUGUGAUAUUUGUUGAUGAAAUGUUUUCUUCACCUAAAGGAUUCGGUCGAAUUGCUGGAAUUUUCGUUUCAUCUCGUAUAUUUCCAAUAUUUGGAACCAAACCACUUUUAAUAUAGUCUUUUAAUUUCAUUCCUGUAGUUGUUGAUUGUGGAAUUUGCGUAUUCAUUUGUGGUACAACAUUACUAUUAUCUGGAUAUAAUUUCAUAGCAUUAUCAGGCUUAUCAAUUUGCUGAGCUUUUGGUAAAGUUUUUUUCAAGAGCUGUUGCCUUUCUUCCUCUUGAACAUCACGUGCUGCUUUUACACGUGACAUUAAUUUUUGUAUGUUACCAUAAAGCUUCUUAUAAAAGUCUAAACCUUUUGAACUUUUCGACAAUAAAUCUUCAUAAACGUCAAAGGAAUUGAUUAAACUUGAAUAAAAUUGUUCACGCUUCGAUUUUGCAUCAUUAAAAGCUUUAAGACUCAUUGCAUGCUUUGCAUAAGUAUCAGUUAACGCUUUCAAGAUGUUUCCUUGUGCAAUUAAGUUCUGUUCAAUUAUAUUGACACUUUGUGAAUACUUUUUCAGUUCCUUCUUAAACAAUUCUUCAACGUCUUUAUCACCAUGAGCAAUAAGUUGUGACGUAAUGUCAUCCUUGUUUAAAAUUUGAUCCCUUAAUUCAUUAUAAAUUUCAUCACGUUGUACCUUCAUUUCUUCAACUUUAUUCAAAAGCACUUCAAGUUCUUUACGAACUUCUUCGUCAAUUACAUCACUUUGUGGAACUUGAGACUUUAAAGAUGAUAAUGGCUGUGCUAGAAUCUUUAAAUUACUAACGUGUAGUUCCAUUGCUUUUCUUAAAGUAUCGUUACUUUCACCAGCUUUACUGUGAGCAUCUAAAUAUUUUGUAAAUUCACGAGUUAAUUCACUCAUGUGAACUGAUGGACGUUUCCCAAUUUGUUUCUGGAAAUUUUGUUCCUGUUUACCUUCUUCAUCCAAAAUCUGUUUUAUUUCAUUUAAUGAAAUUUCAACUUCCGCACAAAUAUUUCCAAGAUUCGACAUUGAUUCAAUCAAAUCAGAAAUUGCAUUCGGCUUUGCAUUUAGUUCAGCACAGCGAUCGACCAAAUUUUGUGGGAGUUUUAUUUGUGACUGUUUCAUUGAAUUUAAUAAAUCGAUAUUUAAAGAACCCAUAAAAGAUGACAGUUCAGCAUCUCGUUCAUCAAUUUUAGCACUCAAACGUCUCAAAAUCUGUGCCUUUUCCUCGCUAUAUAAUGAGAGAUUCUCGUGUGCCUUCAUUGGAACUAGACGCUUGAAAAUAUCUUCACCAAUAAUUUGUGGAUCAGUUACAUCAAAUGAAAUUCCUUGAACAAGAUUUGCACCUUGUACAGCUGAUAUUGUGCUUAUAUCAGGAAUGACCUCAUGAUAAAUAAAUUCAUUUUCUUGUUUUGCGUUCUUACGCUUACCUUCUAUUAUAUCCGUCGCUAAAACUAAUGCUUCAUUAAUAAUUUCUAUCUUGUUCAUUCCUUUUGUUUCCUUUUUAGCUUCUUCUAAUCGACCACAUGCUGCAUUAUACAAUGCCAGACGUUCUCCCAUUUUUCUUUGUUCCUCACUAUGUUGUCCUUGAUAAAGAAACAAAAUACUGCUCAAAUAUGAGGUUUUGAAUUUUAUAUAUUUUAUCCAUUCCUUAUACAACUUAUUUCCAAUCAAUUCUUGAAUUGUCCCAUCUUCAUUCUGACUGAACAAGGCAGACAUUGCAGCAUUAUAGAAACUUAUUACUUGAGCAGUAACUUUUGCAAUUAUUCCGGCUUUUCUAUUAUCAGCUAAGCUCUUUUCAAGAAUACAUUCUUGUGCUUGUGCAAAACAUAUUUGUUGCAUAAAGAUCAUCAAUUCAGCAGACAAAUCACUUCUCAAAAGUAAUCCAUACUGAUUCUUAAUUUCACCAAAAGCCCAAGCAGCACAUUGGAAGUGAGUACAUGCUAAUUUCAUACUUUCUGGAUCAACUCUUUCUUCUUCUAUGCCCAAUUUAGAAUGCAAAGCCGCAACAUUGUACAAUGUCGAUGCCAUUUCGUACCUUAUAUUGCUCGUAUGCCAUAUAGAUCCAGAAUAAAUGUCUUUCCAUGCAAAAUUUAAUAAUUCUGUUUCAGACGAUAAUGGAAAGCGAUUCUGAAGGCUAUGCAGUUGUGAAUAAUAACGUUUUAUCGUAUUACAGCAAUCAAUAUCAACUCUUGGUCUGCAUGCCAAUCCACGUAAUUCUUCUAGUUCCCUAAAUUCCUUUGUAUAAGAUUCUGGAUCUUCACCAUAAUAUUCAGC